AUGAUGAAAACAGCUGACAUUAGUCAAGCAAAUAAAGAAGUAAUGUAUGCAUUUCGUUUUGACAAUUCUAAUAAAUAUGUUUAUCUGAAUCAACAACAACUCGAUCAUUUACCUUAUUUAUCUACUGUUGUUAAUUCUACAAAUAAGUUUUUAUCUGCACAAAAUGAAAAUGGUGAAUAUCUAUUGAAUUCUUCAAUUGAUUAUAAGUGGUUUAUGAUUAUUCUUGAUUCUAUUAGUUCAAAAACAGCAUAUGAUCUAUUUAAUAAACUUGAAGAACAUGAAAAUGUAUUAGAUAUACUCGAAUUGUUUGAUUAUCUCGGUGUUAGCUUAUUCUCUAUUCCUCUUUUUAAAGACGAAUAUUUAAUGCUAUCAACACCUAUUAAUAAUGAUAAUAAAGACAGACUUAUUCAAUAUGAUCGUGUAAAUCUGUCAGAAAUGCGAAACAAAGCUGCCGAGUUCAUUAUUGCUCUUAACAAGAAUGAAUACAAUUUAGAUGAUAUUCGAACAGUGAACAAUAUUUUCUCUCUUGUACUGCUUAUUCUUUCUACUCCAACAGCUUUCAGUUCGCGAUUUUGUCAUCACACAUUAAAAGUAGUGAGUAAAUGUUGUUUUUCUUUAUUCUUAAAAGAACAACAACUUCAAUUGCCCACUAUUCAAUAAGUA